AUGACAUUCGUAGCUGUCGGUAAACAGGAAUGGUGGGGAUAUAAGCCCAGCAAAAAUUUAUUUGUAUGGAUCAAUGCUAAAGCGUGGCUUUCAUUUGGCCCCGUAGCGGUAGCUAUAAAAAUGGAACGUAUUACACAUUAUAUACAAUAUGUAUUUAUAUUUUUGAUAUGUUUUGACGCAAACCUUUGGGCGUUCACGCCUUUAGCAAGAAACAUAAUUCAUCUUGAAGGGGUCCACAACGGAACAAUGAUUCUAGAAGGAGCUACAUAUAUGUGGAUGCCUUUUGACUACAUGUAUAACUUCAAGAACUGGCUCCUAUUAGAAGUGUUCCUUGUAUAUUUACAAUGCGGUGCGGGCGUUGUUAUAUUUUGCAUGGACUCUAUGACUUUUAAUAUAAUGUUUCAUAUGAUUGGUCAUUUGACAAUUUUAAAACACGAUAUCGAAAGUCAAAUGUGGGAAGAUUUGCCUGAUUCGGCCGUGAGGCAAUCUCUGAUCGAUAUACAUGAUUAUUAUGUAUUCAUAAAAAGUUACUUCAAAACAUUUGAAUCUGCUUAUGGGAUCAACAUUGGUGUGAUCUAUUUGUUUAACCUUAUGGCAGAUAGUUUAAUAAUGUACCAACUGAAGUUCGCUGAAAAAGAGAAUCAAAUGCUUUAUUUGCUCAUGGCGUUAUAUUUCGUGAUAAGCCUAGUUAUAUCGUCUUAUGCAGCCGAACAGAUACGUAAUCUGAGUGACAAUAUUUUUACCACAAUCUAUUACUGUCCUUGGGAGUCGUUGUCUGUAUCGAAUCAGAAAAUAUUGCUAUUGAUACUUCUUCAGUCACAACCCCUUAUGGACUUCAAAGCGUGUGGGUUUUCUGUUGGUUAUCGGCCUAUGAUAAAUAUCAUCAAGACUACUUUCUCUUACUACGUGAUGUUGAAGAAAACAGAAGAGAAAUGA